ACUUUAUCCAUCGCCAUGCCUGAUCGAACGCCUUUUUCCUUUAUCAACUUUACCCUUGUCAUUUCCGAGAGAGAUAUAUAUAUCUAUACGUGUGUUCAUAUUUUGCUUACCAAAACCCCAUUUCUCAUGAGACAAGUGUCCGUGGGAUUCAACGAGCGUCUGCAGCCUCCACAAUUUCGGCGACGAUCUUCACCCAAUGGCACCAGGAUACUUUGUUCAAGGUGCCAUUGGCACAGCAGCAGCAUGUCUGCUUUACAAGAUAUCUAGGAAUAUCCAAGCUGACUCGCCGGUCUGGAUCUGCCGUGAACACGUCCUUGAUCUCCUACUUGCAAGCUGUGGCCAUGAGCUCUAUUUUCCGAUUUGUCGAAUGCUAAAGAAGACCGCUUAUCUCUUUCUUAGUGAUAUUUCAGCAAAUACUGCGAGCCAACAUAUUACCAGUUUAGAAUGGGGCAAAGAAAUUCACAAGAGUCGGUACCGUUGCAGUUAUAACAGCAAAAUAGCUACAUUAUUGGCUUUUAUACUGGCCACUCAUCCUCUUGGCGCUACGUUUCUUCAUUGUAUAUGUAUAAUGGGCUUUCCGAUACAACUAAUAUCAGAGGCCGAGCUUUUGCCUUUGGAGGAUAGUGUUUGGAAGUUGCUUCGACUAAUUAUCGUUCCCCCCAAUGAUCUGGCAGAGCGUACGGACCAGCCUACAACUAGCCAAUCUACUGCUAUGGUAUCUACUGCCACGCAGACUAGCGAAGACAAGCCAUCCGAUCCACCCCUGGAGAAUCCCCUCUCGGGACUCAGUCAGCUCUUUCGACCUUAUGGGCUUGGACUUUCUCGAGUCAACCAGCCCGCAGUCAUGAUAUCAACCGGCACCCAGACAGGCGAGAAUAUACCUCCUGAACUACCCCUGGGGAACCCUAUCCCAAAUGAACCUUCAUACGCUAACCCCCACACGCCCGCCGUUAUGAGGGACUCAGAAGGUGCACCACUAUUCAUCAGCAAGCGAUUCCUAUUCCUACGUCCUGAUCUAAAGAGAUCCACAAAGUCACUAGCAAGCUAGAUGUACGGAGCUAUUACGGCGAUGCGCGUGAAUCUUCCAGGUAUAGUAUUGUCAAAGUGCCAUUAUUAGACCGCAAGAAUGAGAUUUUUGACGGUGCACCCAGCCGUGCGAAGGUCAUAAUACUAGCAAAUGCUUUUACCUAAUAGAGGAGAAGCUUGCCUUCCUUUAGACCCAGCGAAGGAAUAUG